ACGAUCAACUCUCUAAUCUUCCAGUGUCUAAGCACGCAGCUCGAUAGAUCUCAUACCACCGUCAUCCGCACUCUUGCCUCUCCUAGUCCAUCCGUGGCUCUAGGAAACCCCGCAAGAGGCGACUUUUGUGUUACUCGCUGAAUCCUCUUUCGGCAGCCAUGGCCGUCUCUCGAUCCACUCUGUUCCUCCUUGCCCUCGUGGGCCUGGCUGUCGUCUGCUCGGCUCAAACUACAGCGCCGAAAACGACAACUGCCCCCAAGACAACACCCGCUACACCAGCAACUCCGGGGAAGACGACUGCGGGGACGCCGGCCGCGCCGCUGACGCCGUUCGACGAGGCGAUUCAGAAGCUCAACCAGUCGGGAUACACCAGCUUCGUGUCGCUCGUCAAUGCCUACCGCAAGAUGAAGGAAGUGAAGGCCGCGCUCGCGAAGCCCCUGACCAUGCUGGUGCCGUCGAACACGGCGAUCAGCAAGCUGCAGAUCACCAAGUACAAGUCCACGGAGCUGAUGGUGGUGGUGGGGUUCUCGGCGUUCAAGAAGGUCAUUCCGGCCGACGCGCUCAAGAGCCUGCCCGUGGGGAGCAACAUCACGACGCUCGCGAGCACCAAGGCGGGCAAGCCCAUGACGCUGCAGAAGCUUGCGAACAACAAGAAGGGGCAGUUGGUGCUGCAGGGGAAGAAGGGCAGCACCAUGACCAUCACCAAGCUUAACUUCUACGUCAAGACCGGCAAGCUCGUCGUGCACACCACCGACGCCGUCGCCUUCCCCACCACGCUGCAGGGCACCGUGCUGUAAGCAGCUCAUUGAGAAGCAGCGGUCGUCGGCGCUGAAAUAACUGAAGCUUCCGAAGCUUUUGGCAUGCCUAGUGAAACAGUAACGUUUAGUUGCUCUUUCAGCGUUAGGUUCUGGGAUAGGACUAGCCAACGCACAUGAAGCUGCGUCUUGUCCAUGUCAUUAUACGACCUUAAAAAAUUCGCUCGGUUCGAGUAACUAAUCCCGCAUCUCCCGUUCGUUGCUUUUUUUGAGA